ACUUCUCCCUCCUCCCCCACAAGGCCUUCCCCAGCCCCACCUCCUGUUCCCCGGCGUGGGCCAAGCCUCCCAGAUGUCCAGUUCCAGAUGCCUGGUCUCAGAGUGGGGAAAUUACCUCUGGAGAAGCCCCCACUCCACAAGCUGCCAAGGCAAGAUGUGGUGGCUACUCUUCUGGGGAGUCCUCCAGGCUUGCCCCACACAGGGCUCCGUGCUCUUGGCCCAGCAGCUACCCCAGCAGCUGACAUCCCCCGGGUAUCCAGAGCCAUAUGUCAAAGGCCAAGAGAGCAGCAGUGACAUCGAGGCUCCAGAGGGCUUCGCCGUGAGACUUGUCUUCCAGGACUUUGACCUGGAGCCGUCCCAGGACUGCGGGCAGGACUCUGUCACAAUCACAGCCAGUGGGAUGGACCCGAACCGGUUCUGUGGGCAGCAGGGCUCCCUGCUGGGCAGCCCCCCUGGUCAGAGGGAGUUUGUGUCCCCAGGGAAUCGAUUGCGGCUGACUUUCCGAGCACCUGCCUCCUCUCAGGACAGGACUACUGGCCUCCACAGGGGCUUCCUGGCCCUCUACCAAGCUGUGGGGGUGAACCACAGUCGGCCCAGUGGGGGCUCUGAGGCCAUCAGCAUAGCUGAAGACAACUCCUCCAAGAUCCAGAACCACUGCCAGGAGCCCUACUACCAGGCAGUGCCGGCAGGGGCACUCCCCUGCACAACCCAGGGCCUCUGGAAGGAGACACAGGAUAGGGAGGAGCUUCCUCGCUGUGAACCUGUCUGUGGCCGGCCACUCACCCCCAUCGCCCAGAACCAAGAGGCCCUCGGUUCCUCCAAAGCCAAGUUGGGCAACUUCCCCUGGCAAGCUUUCACCAGUAUCUACGGCCGUGGAGGGGGGGCCCUGCUGGGUGACAGGUGGAUCCUCACCGCCGCCCACACCAUCUAUCCCAAGGACAGCGUCUUUCCCUGGAAGAACCGGAGGGUGGAUGUCUUCCUGGGCCACACAAGCCUAGACGAGAUGCUGCGGCUGGGAAGUCACCCUGUGCGCCGUGUGGUCGUGCACCCCGACUACCGCCAGAACGAGUCCCACGACUUCAACGGGGACAUUGCCCUCCUGGAGCUCCAACACAGCGUCCCCCUCGGCCCCAGCCUCCUCCCGGUCUGUCUGCCCGACAGUGAGACCCUCUACCGCAGCGGCGUGUUGGGCUAUGUCAGUGGGUUCGGCGUGGAGAGGGGCUGGUUAACCACCGAGCUGAAGUACUCCAGGCUGCCCGUCGCCCCGAGGGCGGCCUGCCAGGCCUGGCUCCAAGAGAAGCAGAGGUCUGAGGUGUUUUCGGACAACAUGUUCUGCGCUGGGGAUGAGAUGAGGCACCAGAGCGUCUGCCAGGGGGACAGUGGUGGCGUCUAUGUGGUAUGGGAUGAGCACGCCCAUCACUGGGUGGCCACGGGCAUCGUAUCCUGGGGCGUCGGGUGCGGCAAGGGCUAUGGCUUCUACACCAAAGUGCUCAACUACCUGGACUGGAUCAAAGGAGUGAUGGGGGGGGAAGGACUGACCCUGGGGGCACUUGAGCAGUGACCCUCAACUCUGGAGGCCCCCACCCCGAAAGGAGAGGGCUGGGAGCUCAGACUGGGCUCGGGGACGGGGAUGGGGGCAGAGAAUCUCUAUUCGAGCUCCUGCUGCCCUAUCCCUCAUGCGACAGAACUCCUCCUCCUUCCCGAGACCCCCUCCUCCUCAUCCUCUCCCUUCCUUCCAGUUUGUGAGUUUGUGCUCCGCCCAAGGAAUCCCUGUACAUCUCAGCCGGUUGCCUUUAAACUUCAUCUUCUGGGCGCUUGGGUGGCUCAGUCUCUAAACUUCAUCUUCUGGGCGCUUGGGUGGCUCAGUCUUUAAACUUCAUCUUCUGGGUGCCUGGGUGGCUCAGUCAUUAAGUAUUGGAUUUCAGCUCAGGUCAUCAUCUCACGGGACUCCAUGAGCUCCAGUCCCAUAUGGGGUGAGCUCCAGCCCCAUCUCUCUCUCUCUCUCUCUCUCUCUCUCUCUCUCUCAUUCUCUCUCCCCCCCCCCCUCCUGGGAUUCUCUCUCUUUCUCUCUGUCUGUCCCUCGCUCACUUGCGCCC